AUGAGCGAGAAGGCUCUCUCCAUUAUUCCAACACAAGAGGAGCGAUUUGAGCUCCUAAAAGAUCAUGCACCGGAAGAAUUUCUGGAGGCCUGUGAAAAGAAUGGUCAAUUCCGCCACGCUGCUGAAGAUCUGCACUCGCGUGGGAAGUUUAAAGAAGCUGCGGAUAUGUUCAUUCGCUCGGGCUUUAAGGAUGAAGAUGUAAUCGAAGCGUUCCAGUGCCUUUUACAUCUAUGUAGGGUAAAUGUUCUUAAAAGUUCAAUGACAAAUACCAUGAGUCCAAGUAACGCAGAGUUGCGCGAUAUCAUUUGCACGAUAUCUGAGACUCUCAAUAAAUUAGAAUCACAAUUAUCAAAGGCAAAACGCGAGGAAUUUGUUGCUGAAUUUCGUGCAAUAAAUAUAUGGCUGAAGAUUCCACAACAAUCCGAUAUCCAGUUUGAGUACUGGCACGAACGAUUGCAGUGUUUGCAGAGGUUGUGCGCGGACUUGGCCUUUCCUUAUAUAGAUACACGUCGAAAUGUCAACAAUUUGAUAGCCCGCAAGGAAUUCGAAGAAAUUUUUGUUGUGAGCGAGGUGAAGGACCGUGAGCAGAAACGGAAAUGUUCUUCUGACAACCCGCUUGUUCAUCUUAUUGACGAGGAUACGGCAGAAAAUAUAGACUAUUGGCAUGUAUACGAUGUGGAAGUUAUGCACCAUGCGAUCUCACAAUUACUUGUAUCAUAUAUAUACGAGCUCCUCUGGAAUGUCAAUCAGAGGGGUAGAGAGAUUCCGUUCAUAGGUAAUUAUAUCUGCUAUAAAUAUGAAUCCUGCCAAAAGUCAGAUUGCCGAAAACAUCACGUAGUUCCGUCACCGACGAUGCUGUAUAAGCGCCUCACACUUGCAUGGCUCCAAUACACCGUAUUGCGACAGUGGGAUUUAUUAUAUCACCUACGACUUCUUAAAGACGAGCAAAGUAAAGUAGUUCGUCCUGCAGAAAGGUGGUGGACUGAACAACUGGUUAAUUAUCAUAUUCGUUAUCAGUCACCGCAGACAAGUUGCCCAGAGGUCACUAAUAUGGUGCUUGCUAAUUAUACGUGGUAUGAAUUAAUCAAUACUGCUGAUAAGAUAUGGCUAGGGGAAUUAUCCAAUGAACCAAACAACUUCGCGGUCAUGUUAAAAUGUAUGCUCGUUUUUCAGCAGUUCCGGAACAAAUGGUCCAUUGAUAAGUUUAAUUGGGAAAUGUCAAAAACAAUAGAGCUUUUAUAUCCUAAUGAAUUACCCGUCGGUUAUGAUUACUACGGAUAUGGAUAUGCUGUAGCGAUUCCAGUUGGAAAGCGACUUUCGUUAUUCUAUAUUUGGCUCUAUUCUAAAAAUGAAUAUUGCGUAAUCAAUGCAAUCAUGCACAUAAACAUAUUUAUUCAAUACGCUAUAAAUAACGCUGAAAGCGUAUACAUAGAUACACCUGAUGCCUUUUCUGAUCUUGCAACCCUUAUGGAAUUCAAAGUAUCUUUGGUUUUUGCGGUCGCUCCUGGGUAUUGCAAUUUUUGCUUACCUCGGUCUUAUCUCGUUAAUUAUUUUGACGCAUGCAAAACGGAACCACUCAUUCCGGAUCGUCGAAGAUCAUACGACAGAGAGAACUAUAAUGCCGCAGUCAAAGAUUCUUUAGAACAAGUUCAACAACUUCUCGAAUAUUUGAUCUAUGAUGAUCGGUUCUAUCAAUAUCAGUCGAUCAUCCUUCGGCUGAUACGACUCUUGGUUCUUAUUGGUAGGAACGAACCCACUUUUGCAACGAAGGUAUUUAAUCUUUUCAAAUACCUGAGCAAAGACGCCUCUUCUAUAAAUAUAAAGAUCAAGAAAUACAUGGAUGAGAGUCAAAUGGGACGUCUUGUGAAUAUUCUGAAAGAUGACCUCAAAGAGACGGGCUGCGAUUCCCUAGUUAUAGUCCAAUACCAAUGGGGAGGCUUGUCUAGAUUUGCUGAAUUGGAAAAGUCUGGUGGUGUUAUGGUACUUAAAUAUAAAUCUAAUGAAGAAUUCCGAGAAUCCCUUAUGAGGAUCAAAUCACGAGUCGUUAUUGAGGAAAGUACCGAAACCGGUGUUCCAGCAUAUAAAUCCGUACCACAACGAACCGAACAAAAUAUCGCUUUUGUUGAAGACGAGGAUGAUGACCGACUUUCUAUUUCCAGGGAUGCCUCAGAGCCGACCACAGACACUCAAGCCUGGUUCCGACAGAUUCAGGAUUCUCCUCGAGCUCAAGAAGAGGCCAAAAAGAUCCAAGACUGGUUUCGCAGAGCUAUCGAGAAACGACAAAAGUCUCGCGAACAUGUCCAUGACCAAGCUCUAGAAAAGAUUUAUAAUGACGUAAGAGAUUUCUGCCAGGCCGUAACCUACUGGGAGUGUGCCGUGACGCAGAAGGGAGAAAAGGCGGUGCGUAGUUAUCAUAUGCUCUUGCGAGGUUUGGCGGUAGACGUAAUCGUGGAACUGACUAAGCUGCGAGACAUAAUGGAUAAAAUCAAGAAUAAAUUGAAAAAGAAAAUCAAUGAUCCUACGGAUGGAGAGAAGCUCGAAAUUUAUUUGGAGUUUGAAGACGAUCUAAAGGAAAUCCAUAACGAUGUUAAGCUAAGACUGAAUUCAAUUUCAACUACUGAGGGGGAACACGAAGAAGCGGACAUUGAAUGGCUGAAAUAUGAAUUGCAGCAGGCAAGGAAUACCAUAAAUCAGGUUAAGGAAUGGAUAGAUAAUUACAAAGCUGCGAUAUGA